UCCGUGGUUGACAUUUGGUGGGGUUGCGUGCUCUCUGUCAAACGUCGGCUAAACUAGUAGAUACAACGUCUUAACAGCAACGUGAAUGUGAUUCGAUCUCCAACAGUUUUAUUCAUCAUGUUCGUUAAUCCAAAACCCUUAGUUUUUGUGCUUUUUUUUGACACGUAAUCACGAAAAUGUUUUAAAAAGUGUGGUUACUUUUGAAGUGCGUACCCUACCCGCGCAUCGAUUGACAGCUCGCCGCGUGACGCCCCCUCGUGGUUCCAAACCCACACUACUCAGUCAUGUAGGUUAUGUCGUGGGAAGUAGUUUGUGUUUCGUUUGUGCAAGUGCAUUCUCGUUCAAGCCGAAAAUCAAUGUGUGGCGAAAAUGUCUGAGGAACUUUUGGUGGUUUUAAAUCGCAGUGAGAGCUCCGGUUUCGGAUUUUCCCUGUUGGGUAAACCUGGCUUGCCGCCCAUCAUCUACAACAUUCUGGACGACUCUCCAGCCGCCGAGAGCGGAGAGGUGGAAGUGGGGGAUGUGAUCCUGAAAGUUAAUGAAACAGAUGUGAACCGUUUCAGCACGAAGGAAGUUUUAAAAUGCCUACGAUUAUCAUCAGAUCCCGUAACACUAAAAAUAAAACGUGAUCCGAAGAUCAAAGCGACUGUUCGCAAGCACCUCCUCUCAGUCAGUGGCGGCGACGCCGAAAAUCGCAACAGGAGCGCAGGCCAUAUCAAUUCUCUGGGUGUUGGUGCGCCCACUUCACGUACCAUCAGACCGGGACCAGCGGUACACCAGAGCCAUGUCCGGACGAACGGCAGCUGUCCAGAACAGGAACCAUUGCUCGAGCACGACAACGAGGAGAACGAGAGACUGCAGUGGGAACCUCUGGCAGCUACCGAGAAGACAAAGGGGAAACCCAAAUUUGAAGCGUACAUGAUGACUGGGGAACACAUACUCAAUAUAUCGCGCAUGCCGCAAACUGCUAGCAUCAUACCGAAGCAACAGAAAAAGGUGGACAGUCUAAGGUACCACAACAGCCACACCCACCACUUGCGUCACCAGCACAAUUCGGUGCCAAACAGUCCGAACGAGAUGGACAUCGGUUUCAAGAACAACCACUGCAAGUCAGGCUCGAACUCGGCGAACACAUCUCCAGUCAGUGCCAAUAAAUGGGACACGCAUACGUCGCCCGGCGCCGGUGACGCCUCCAAGUCCUACAGCAACUUCGUGCGGACGAGCCGAUCAGAGGACCAGCUGCAGGGACAGAACGACACGUGCGGCAUGAGCACGGUGAACGUGGACGUCGACGAGGACAUCACCAGCUCGCUGAACACGCUGUUGGACACGCGGCCAGAGAACGUCAGUGCUUCCGGGGAUAGCAAUAGCGACAGGAUAGUGUGGACAUACAACGCCCCCACCACCACCGACCACCACAAGUUCUGCCACACCUUGUCGAACGGCAGCAGCUCGUCGCACAGCAACACGUCGCCGACGUCGUCGAGCCCCCUCCAUUCCGGCUCUCCCGCCUCCCCCACGUCUGUGUCUUCCUCGGUGAUGUCGAGCCAAUCGGGCUCGAAGAGAUUCCCCUACGUUCCGAGCGGCGGCACGUCGCAGCCGCAGACCGCCAACGGCGGCGACUUCAGCGUUUCGGAAGCCAUUUCGAACAUCUCCAGUCCGGAUUACCAUGACGAUGACAGCAUGGGCAUCAGAGACUGCGUGAUGGAGAUCAGUGACCAUAGUGAUAGUGAUAGUACUUUGUUGGUGUCGGAGCCGAGACAGAGGCACGGGAGUAGGGGGGAAGGGGACCAUAGGAUUGUGAUACAAGUGAAGGGACCUGACAAGGACGGAGUUAACGGGAAGGACAGAGGGAAGGGGGCCUGCUGUGAUAAUAAUAAUAAGAGUAGGAACGAAACGGGAGGAUAUCAGAUACAUGAGUUGAUCGAACCAAGCUACGAAAACGACGAAGAAACGACGAAAGAAUACGGGAAGUCUUCGUCGCCUCAGUCAUCGGAAGACGAAAGUGACGUGGAGAGCCUCCAUAGUUUCCAUUAUUCACCGAAAGCGGUGGACUUGCCUUCUGCCAUACGAUUGGCAAAACGUUUAUACGGUUUGGACGGAUUCAAAAAGUCUGACGUAUCGAGACAUCUUAGUAAAAACAAUGACUUCAGUCGUGCAGUAGCCGAAGAGUAUCUAAAAUAUUUCGAAUUCGAAAACGACACUUUAGAUAUAGCUUUACGAAAGUUCCUCAAGCAGUUCUCUCUCACGGGUGAAACUCAAGAGAGGGAGAGAGUCCUCGUUCAUUUUUCUAAGAGAUAUUUAGACUGCAAUCCCGGAUCGUUUAAUUCGCAAGAUGCGGUACAUACUCUGACGUGUGCCAUUAUGUUGCUCAACACGGACCUUCACGGUCAGAACAUCAACCGGAAGAUGACGUGUAACGAGUUCAUCGAGAACCUUUCGGGUUUAAACGAACAGGAGAACUUCCCUCGGGAGAUCCUCAAGCAGCUCUACCACGCCAUUAAAAAUUACCCUCUAGAAUGGGCACUGGACGAAGAGGUAGAAGAUGGCGGUACACAAAUGCAAAUAAAAAGCAACGACCAGCUCGGUCUUGGGGGAAAUCCGUUCCUUGAUGUUCCCGUGUCCUCGAAUGCCGUGGAAUACAAAAAGGGAUACGUCAUGAGGAAGUGCUGCUACGAGGCCAACGCCAAGAGAAGCCUUUGCUGCAUUUUUCUAGCACCGUUUCACAAGCGUAGUUGGAAGAUGUUUUAUUGUACAUUGCGGGAUUUGGUCUUGUAUCUCCACAAGGACGAGAACGGCUUCAAAAAGAACCAAAUGGGUGAUAAUUUGCACAACGCGAUACGGAUACACCACGCAUUGGCGACCAAAGCGACGGACUACACGAAGAAGAUGUUUGUUUUUAGGCUGCAGACGGCGGAUCAAGCGGAAUAUCUCUUCCAAACCGGCGAUUCCAAGGAGCUGCAGUCGUGGAUAGAUACCAUCAACUUCGUGUGCGCGAGUUUCUCGGCGGCUCCCCUGGAAGCAGCUGUCGGCUCUCAGAAGAAAUUCCAAAGGCCACUCUUGCCAUGUAGUCAUACGAAAUUAAAUAUGAGAGAACAGCUCAGAGAUCACGAGGAGAGAGUACUUAGACUGGAAGCUGAACUAGAGGAACAUCGAAAAUCACCCCCAGACAAAGGUUCUAAGUCUUUAGUUGUACAGAAUUAUAAGGAGAAGGAGGCUUACUUGACCUUCGAGGUGAAACGCUACAGGACAUACUCGUAUAUUUUACGUUCGCGCAUGUCCCAGUACACCGAGCAGCACACCGUAAGCCUCGUGGAGAACAGCAUAGGCGAAGUUGACGAAGCGACCGGUGUGACCUUGAUGGACGGACCAUCGGGUGGGAUCGUCCCGCCGCCGAUCCCCGACCGACCAUCGCCGCCUACGAAUAGGUAUAGUUACAGACAGGCUAUUUACAAUCGAAACAUGCUCAACGGUGAUGCUGAUAUAGGCUGACGGGUGAUGGGGGUGUUCUCGGCAUGUGUGCUUUGACAGCCUGUCAGUAAAUUUCAUCAUUUCGAAAAGGAUUUUGUUGUUUACAACAUGAUUUUAUUUGUUUGUUUCGUUGAAAUGUUGUAUGCAGCAAAUCGUGUGCUUCUUUUCUUUUAUUCCAUGUGGUAUAUGGCAACUAACAGUGAGGCUUAUUUUGAAAUGUGGCUAAACUGUGGAAUAUGGCGGCUUUAGUUUCUUUUUUGUUUUCCUGAGAGAUGUAUCUUGUGGUUAUUGUUAGUAAAAUAUCAUUCAUUGAAGGAAGCGGUUCAAUGAAUCAUAUUGACAAUAAGUUGUGUAUUGUUGUUUUGCGUUGUAUCAAGGUUAUGUUGUGGUGGUGGUGGAAUACAGGAAUGGCUUGUUUGAGAGCACCUCUGGAUUUUCAAAUUUGUAAUUAGUUCGAUACUCUUUACAAAUAUUACAAACGUUUAGAAAUCAAAACAUUUUUAAGAAGUAUUACGUAUUGUCGAGUGCACCUGACUCUACUAGAUUCUCUUUAGAAAGAGACUAAAUCAUUCCAAUACAUCUUCCAACGAGUAUUCCAAAAGUAUUAUUUUUCAAAGUUGUAUGUGUCAACUAUCGAUGUAGAAGUAGUGUAGGCACAGGACGCUCGUUCGACUAGCAUUUUUAUUUAUUCGCGUCGAUUCCCCUCUUCUUCAUCAACGUGGACAUCCACUUUUUUCAUUUUUACAUGUAUACGUUUUUUCUCUAUAUGUGAGUGCCCGGUUUUUACUUUAUUUAUGUUUUGGUGUUUUUUGUUUUAUUUAUUUAUUUAUUUUUGGAGCGUGUUGUGCCGUCAGGAUCGGUUAGUGUUACCAACUGGGUUAAAAAAAAAUCCCCAAGUGCAAUUUUGUUGGGUCAGUGUUGAGGACAACGUUGACCUAACAUGCCUAUUUUAUUAUGAAAAUUUACAAUAACGAUUUGCUUUACUAGAGUGGUUGUAAAAUAGCGAUAUAAGGGUACAGUGCACUCAAACAAAGAAAGUAUGGAAUAAUAUAACAAAUACCAUAGUGU